AUGCCUAACGACGGCAGCAAUCUGACUGUGAAGGGGCAGUUCAGCCAACUGCUUCGCCAGUACGAGGGGGGAGUCCUGCGCGGCAUGCCGGCUGAGGAAACGGACGCGCUCGCCCGCACUCUCAUCCCGCAGUUCGAGCUGCUUUGGCGCCAGAUGGCGGUGGUGGGCAUCAUGUCCCCCAACGAGCACCUGGAUGAGCUCUCCACGAACUCGCUGGAGCUCCUGUGGACCCCGUACAUCAUCGCGGACCUGUACCAGCGUGUUCAGGGACCCAUGCCAACGCCCGGGGUAGUGUCGUCGUCGGCGCUGGCGCCAAGCAGCGCGACGGGCAUGACUCGCGAGGAGGCUCUCACCGCCUCCAAGCGGUGGUGCGACGUGUUUUUUCAGUGGAUGCUGGACUACGAGCUCGUGGAUGAGCAGACGCUGGAGAAGUACCGCAGUCUAAGUUCGGAACAGCGCACGCAACGGCUUGAGCUUUCCCGCAAGCGGCGGGAGCUGGAGGAGGAGAAACACCGUUAUGAAGAACAGGUGCAGUACCUGUUGGCCAAGCGCAAGCACAUGGGGGCACUGAUGGAGGCGGAUGACGAUGAGUUUGAGGACACCAACUGUGAUGAGGAGGAGGCUCUCCGCAAUCGUGCGCUGUCGCGCCUGCGAUGGUCCAUCUACGAGUGCUGCAGCAGCUGGCAGCUGUCAUCGCGGGAGCUAGAGAUGCUCCAGGCGCUCUCUCCCGAGCAGCGGCAGGCCAUUUCCAUUGAACACCAAAAUACACUUGAAGCGGUGCAGCGUGGCGAGAAGUCGCUGGGACGCCACACGUAUACGAUUCUUCCCGGUGGCCUCAUCACCCCUGGUGGGCCGAUCCCCACCGCACAGCUCAGCAGCGUCGCUAUGAGCGCCAUUGCCAGUCAGCAGGACUUCAGACAGAGGGUGGUGGAUGAAUUGAUGCUUGAACGGAAUGCCCCGACGAUGACGCUUCAGGAGUUUGCAGAGGCAGAGAUGGCAGAUGUGCAGCGGCGGAUGGAUGCCAGUGCGGCGGCACAGCGGCAACAGGCGGAGGAGGACGAGCGACUGGGCCCUGAGGGCGUGGAGGAGCGGCAGCGCCAGCGUGACAUUCGACUGUCUGAGUGGAAGGAAGAACACCCGCCUAUUGGGCAAACGGCGAGGGGGAACUACGCAUGA